AAAAUGCCUAUACCAGCUGUUCCGGUGUCCUUAUACAAAUCCCACCCUAGAAUCUGGAAAACUGUUAGCAGAGUCGCAGUUGCGACAGUAUCCUUAACCAGCAAACUAUACUUCAAAUGUUUCCAUAAAACCAAUGUAUAUCCAAGUCAAUAUCAUUUGGAUGACUUAGCGAGAGCAAACUGGGAUCGUCCAAUCAUUACAGUGUCCAAUCACAUGAGCUGUGUGGACGACCCCCUCCUAUGGGGUAUUCUGUAUAGAAGCAGUACAGUUAUCAGACACUGGGACAAGGUCCGCUGGGUUCCCGGUGCUCACGAGCUCUGUUAUGAGGGCGGAAAGUUUGUUAAACUCAAAGGACUGACUAUGUCAUUAGGGAAGACAUCCUCAUGUAGGCGAGGGGAGGGUGUCUAUCAGCCUUGUAUGGACUUCUCAAUCGAGCAACUUAAUCAGAACCGACCGGUGCAUAUAUUUGUUGAAGGUAAAGUAAACGAGACGAGGAAUUUGAUCAGGACUAAGUGGGGUAUAGGGAGACUCAUUCAGGAUUGUGAGAGACCUCCAAUAGUGCUGCCUUGGGUUCAUAGGGGUAUGGAGGAGGUGUUACCCAUGUAUCACAGCAUUCCUAAGUUCAACAAGAAAAUCACGAUAGGAAUUGGUGACCCAAUAGAAACAGAAGAGUUGUUGGCAGAAUGCAGAAGAUUAAACUUCAGCGAAUUAGCUACUAGGAAAUAUAUAACUGAUGUCGUGGAGUUAAAACUUGACAAAUUGUGUCGUAGAAUUAAUGAUAUUCAUUAUAAAGACUGAUAAGUAGGGGUAAUUAGUGUUUAAUUAUAUAAUUUAUAUUAGUAUAACAGUAGAUACAUGAUAUUGAAUCAGUUUAAUUGUUUGGUUGUUGUAAUUUUCCCGUGUCAGUGUUUUCUAAUAAGUUAUUACCUUUAUAUUAUUAUAAAUAAUAAAAUACAUUAUAUUAUUAUAGUUUCGAUCCGCCUCACCUAAUAUAUGAACUGAUGUUAGAUAAUUUAAUUGUUAAAUAAAUUCAGUAAGAUCACUCAUAUCGAGAGUUUGACCGCCACUCGAAUUAGUCCCCGACAUUCAUC